AUGGAGCGAGUCGUACUGGUAUUUGUGUUGCUUCAUUUUCUGUGCUCGGUUCAUUGCCAGGUCAGUUAUUCUAUUCCAGAAGAAAUGUCGAAGGGCUCUUUAGUGGGCAAUAUAGUGCAAGAUUUGGGAUUAGAUAUAAAAAGACUGAAAACAGGCAAGGGCCGAAUAUUCACGGGUGACCAGGCAGACUAUAUUGCGCUUGACAAGGACAGGGGCAUCCUUCUGAUCAAAGAGAGAAUAGACCGAGAGGCGCUAUGCGGACAAACAUCUCCGUGUGCUUUACAUUUUCAGAUCAUUCUCGAGAACCCGAUGGAGUUAUAUAGUGUGACGGUAGAAAUUACAGAUAUUAACGACAAUCCUCCCAGUUUUGAAAAGAAUGAAAUGAAAUUUGAAAUUAGUGAAUAUGCUGCGGUAGGUGCUCGCUUCAUGCUAGAUAUCGCAGUCGAUCCAGACGUUGGCAUCAAUGGUCUCCAAAGCUAUAACUUAAAUCCUACAGAUAAUUUUAAAUUAAACUUGAAACGUCAGCGCGGAGGUAGUAAAAUUGUAGAAAUGGUCCUUCAAAAGCCUCUAGAUCGGGAAAAACAAAAAGAGGUGGCUUUAGUGUUGACUGCAACUGAUGGGGGUGAACCGCAGAUGUCAGGAACAGUUCAAAUACGUGUAAAUGUCUUGGAUGCGAAUGAUAACGCUCCGGUCUUUACGCAAGAGGUUUACAGAGUGUCCGUUAUUGAGAAUUCGCCAAAGGAUGCCCGAUUGACUACUGUCAGUGCAUCUGAUGCUGAUGACGGGACUAACAGCGUGGUCACAUAUUCUUUGUCCAGAAGUACUGCUGGAAUAUCUGAUUUGUUUGAAAUAGAGGAGCAUAAUGGCGAAAUUAUUUUGAUCGGUGAGCUUGACUAUGAACGCGCGCGUAGUCACGAGUUUUACGUUGAAGGUAAGGAUGAAGGGGGACUAUCAGAUUCAUGUAAAGUAAUUGUCGAUGUCAUAGAUGUAAAUGACAAUAGCCCAAUCAUUAGUACUAUAUCGAAAUCCAGUACAAUAGCCGAGGAUGCCCCGCCUAAUACAGUGAUCGCAAUGAUCAGCGUGAAUGAUCCGGAUUCAGAAAACAAUGGUCAGGUCAGCUGCGCUAUCAGUGAAAAUAUUCCUUUCGCUAUCAAAUCUACAUCAAAUCGUUUCUACAGCAUAGUUACUGAUAGUGAAUUAGAUCGGGAGACAAACUCUGAAUACAAUAUAACGGUAACCUGCUCGGAUGAGGGUGUACCCUCCCUCUCCAGUCGCGCAGAUUUGUCUCUAAAAAUUACGGAUGUAAAUGACAACGCGCCUGUGUUUGAAAAGAGCUCAUAUGAAGCUUCUGUUUUAGAAAAUAACACACCGGGCCUGUCGAUUUUCACUGUUAGAGCGCGAGAUGCAGACUGGAAUCAAAACGCUCGUGUGUCAUACAUGUUAGAGGAGUCCUCGAAUAACGGAGUGCCGGUGUCGUCUUAUGUUUCUGUUAAUGCAGAGAGCGGUGUGAUUCAUGCGGUGCGGUCGUUUGAUUAUGAGCAGAUUAAAGCCUUCACAUUCCACGUAAAAGCGCAGGACGGAGGCUCUCCUCCAUUGAGUAGCAAUGUUAGUGUUAGAAUAAUAAUUCAAGAUCAGAAUGAUAAUGCACCCCAGGUUCUAUAUCCUGUACAGUCUAGUGGUUCUCUCGUAGCUGAGAUUGUGCCUCGUUCAGCUGAUGUGGGCUACCUGGUCACCAAAGUAGUGGCUGUUGAUGUGGACUCCGGGCAGAAUGCCUGGUUGUCUUAUAAACUACUCAAGGCAACAGACAGAGCUCUAUUUGAAGUGGGCGCUCAGAAUGGAGAGGUACGAACAAUACGCCAAGUCACUGAUAAAGAUGCUGUGAAGCAAAAGCUCACUGUUGUGGUGGAGGACAACGGACAGCCCUCCCGCUCUGCUACAGUCAAUGUUAAUGUGGCUUUGGCGGACAGCUUCCCUGAAGUGCUCUCGGAGUUCAGUGAUUUUACGCACGAAAGGGAAUACAAUGACAACUUGACUUUUUAUCUGGUCUUGGCCCUGGCUGUAGUGUCUUUUCUCUUCAUCGUGUCAAUUAUAGCCAUACUGUCAGUGAAAUGCUACAGAUGGAAACGUGACAGGAUGUGUUAUAAAUCCAACGGAAAUCUACCGGUUAUCCCGUAUUACCCGCCUCUUUACGCAGACGUAGGGGGCACGGGUACUCUACAGCACAUGCACAAUUAUGAGGUUUACCGAACGACAGACUCUCGUAAAAGUUGUCUGAAAUAUGGCAGACCUGGCAGUGAAAGCAUCAUCAGUCUGGAUAACACUGGAACCUUGCCACCUGCGCAAAGAGAAAAGCUGAUCAAUGAGGAUUUUGAUGAUGAGGUGAGCAAAUUGCCAUAUUCUAUGAUCCUAUGA